AUGCUACAACAGCAUCAUGCUACAACAGCAUCAUGCUACAUCAGCAUCAUGCUACAUCAGCAUCAUGCUACAUCAGCAUCAUGCUACAUCAGCAUCAUGCUACAUCAGCAUCAUGCUACAACAGCAUCAUGCUACAUCAGCAUCAUGCUACAACAGCAUCAUGCUACAACAGCAUCAUGCUACAACAGCAUCAUGCUACAACAGCACCAUGCUACAACAGCAUCAUGCUACAACACCACCAUGCUACAACAGCAUCAGGCUACAACAGCAUCAUGCUACAACAGCAUCAUGCUACAUCAGCAUCAUGCUACAACAGCAUCAUGCUACAACACCACCAUGCUACAACACCACCAUGCUACAACAGCAUCAUGCUACAACAGCAUCAUGCUACAACACCAUGCUACAACACCACCAUGCUACAACAGCAUCAUGCUACAACAGCAUCAUGCUACAACACCAUGCUACAACAACACCAUGCUACAGCACCACCAUGCUACAACAGCAUCAUGCUACAUCAGCAUCAUGCUACAUCAGCAUCAUGCUACAACAGCAUCAUGCUACAUCAGCAUCAUGCUACAACAGCAUCAUGCUACAACAGCAUCAUGCUACAUCAGCAUCAUGCUACAACACCACCAUGCUACAACAGUAUCAUGCUACAACAGCAUCAUGCUACAACAGUAUCAUGCUACAACAGCAUCAUGCUACAUCAGCACCAUGCUACAACAGCAUCAUGCUACAACACCACCAUGCUACAACAGCGCCAUGCUACAACACCACCAUGUUACAACAUCUGUAAAGCACAUGCAUGCGACAACAACCACUCAAGAUAUGCCAACACAAAAAACAUGA